UUUCUUUCAACCUAAUGAUGAUGGGUUAUGAUGUCGUUAGAUCCAACAAGGAAGAAAAGAAAGAACUAAAGAAAGAAAAUCAGCUUGUCAGCUGAUCAAAUCAAGGGAAUAGAGUCUGAGUUCAAUUUUUAUUUUUUGAAGAAUUUAAUAUAUUAUUCUGAAAAAAGAGUGAAGAAAACUAAAACAAAAAAGCCUGAUUUUGCAGUGUGCUGAUGACAAGGACCGACUGAAAAAGUCAAAGUAAGCUACAGAAACAGGAGUGAAGAGUCAAAAGUGACAGGAAAAAAAGGAUACAGAGGAAUAAAAGGGAAAAAGUUGAGGAAAAAAUACAUAUCUGGAUAAAAAGGAGAAAAGUAAAGAGGACGAGGAAUUAAAGCGGAGAAAAGGAAUAAUCAAGGGGAAAAAGGCAAAAAGAGAGUGAAGGAUGAACCAAGAGGAAAGGCAACAGUAAAGAGCAAAACAAGGACAAAUCAAAAGAAUAAGGAGGACUGGGGGACAAAAGUAGAAACAAUUAAUUAAUUAAACAAUUAAUCCAGUUUAGAAGGGUUAAAUCAAGAGCAAAGAACCAGAAGGAGCCAGGUGUGACAAUGAGGCUCCUGGUGCUCCUUGCGGCACCUCUCUCCAUCCUCAUCCUCCACAUUGCAGCGGCAGCUCCUCCGGCAGGCAGCAUGGCCCCUGGCCGGUUGGAGCGCUGGGUCCGCUCUGGCCUCCAGUCACUGCAGUGGGACCAGCUGGACCGGUGCCUCCGCAUGUCCUCGCUGUCUGAGGCGGAGUGCAGGAGGCUCGCCCACCUGCCUGUGUCCGCUGUGGCUGUUUAUGUAUCGGAGCCACGCACACAAAGUUCUGGCCAUCCUGCCGGACUCUUCAGGUGGGACGGUGAGUUCCAAAACACGGGGAGGUUUCAGCGUCAGCCAGGUACUGAAUGGAGGGGAAGCUUCACACAGACACCAGCAGCCUUUCCCAGGCUCCACGGCCCAUGAUGCUGUGCUGGUGCUGGAUCCGAGCCCCGGGGAGAACUUUGGACACCCAGUGGUCCUCUUCUAUGUGGAUGUGAAUGUGACGAAGAAGAGAUGCUCCCACCUGGAUGGCAUUUACCUGGGUGAGGAGUGUUUGACUCUGGCUUUGAAGGGUCGCUGUCAGAACCAGCUGAAGCGUCGGCAGGCUGGGCCAGAGAGGCUUAUUGGUAACGGACACAGUCGGCUGGCAGGUGGGGCGCUGCGUAGUGGGACCAUUACUACCAGCAGUGGUAGCCGUCUAGUGGAGCGGGCCGCUGGGGGGCUCUGUGAAGUCCACUUUCUUCCACUGGUGGUCGGAGUUGGAGACAGCAACCAAACGCAGAGACUCAGAUGUGUUGACCAUGCAGAGUUUGCAAAGUGCCCUCAGCCACUGCCAAUGGGCUCUCCCAGUUUGCCAGUCUCAAGCUGUGAGCUAAAUAAAAACACCAGACGCUGUCACCAGCAGCCGUUGGCCACUCAUCUCUCCUGCCGACUCUACCAGACCUGUGACCACGCUGUGCUCAUCUCAGGUGGCUGGCAGCAGCAGAUGACGUUCCAGCGGCACGUUCAGAAUCUUCAGAAAUUUUACAGAAUGCUGCAGAAUAACGGCUUCCACAAAGAUCACAUCAAGACCUUCUUCGCCAGCAGCGGACAGCUUCCUGAAGAUGUAGAGGGUGUGUACUCUGCGACGGAGAAAGCGGUGAUUCGUAACCACGUGUCGUACGUCUGCAGGAAGCAGCACUGCGCCGACACGCUGGUUCUCUACCUGAAUUCGCCAACGCGCAACGACGGCACCAUGCUGCUGUGGGAUGCCAACCUCAAUGGCAUUGCUGAUCUGAAGGAGCGAUACUCGGUCAACGAGUUGCUGGCCGACCUGGCUGGCUGCAAAGCGACUCGUGUUUUGCUGUUUGUGGAUCAGAGCUACAGUGGCGUUCUGUCCAAGAGGCUGCGAGGCUCCCAGAAACACCUCAACGUGGUUCUGAUCCAGAGCCAGACACGGCAGACUCACAACCAUCAGAGGCUGAACCCGGGCUGGGAGGACAGCAGCUGGUCUUACAUCAGCGCCGCUACCUGCCUGCUGGACCACCUGGGAAAGGGUGCUGGGAUGUCUCGCCUCCUGGAGCCGUGGGCCGGCCUUUUAAACGUGACGUUGGCAGGCGCCCCCUGCAAUGCCACACCGCCUCUGACGGAUGGCGAGAUGCGGCGAGAGUACCAAGGCUGCCAGAACCUGCCGACCGCACUCUGGCACCAGAAACACAGGAGGACCAAAUGAGAGAAAGAUACUGAGACUGACUGAGAGAGA